CCCUACCAUAGCUAUUUCGGAGGUGGUUGUCUCAUGAUGGAGAGCCACAUAUUAAAGGUGAAUGGCUGGAGCAACAUGUACUGGGGAUGGGGAGGCGAGGACGAUGAUAUGUGGAAUAGGGUUACGUCUUCAGAUAUGACGGUGUGGAGAUACCCGAACCCUUACGUCAGAUACAAGAUGAUUCAACACAGACCUGCAGCUCCCAGUCAAGAGAGGUACAAGUUACUGGCACAGAGCGUCGAGAGGCUGCGCACCGAUGGCCUUAACUCCCUCCGCUACUCCGUCAUCACCACCACCCGCUACCCACUCUACACCAACAUUUUAGCGCACAUCAGCCCCAGCGCUCCUAAUAUCUUCACCACUGUCAAGUCCACCACUGUCAAGUCCACCACUGUCAGCAACCCCCCAUCCCCACCCCACAUAAGAUAACAGUCAGUAAAGAGAAGAACUUGAUGAAUAAAAUAAUAAGAAAAGGUCAAGGCAACAGAAAUGUCCAAUGUUGGAAAGACUGACCAACCAUACCAAGUUCACUCCAAUAAUUACUUCCCGGUGGAAAUAUAUAAGGUUUUCCGAGUUAGGGUUAAGGCUGAAUAACAGCAUUGUGACAGACAAUAUAAAA